GUUUUGGGCCUGUUAUCAAUGUGGUUGUCUUGAUAUUCGUCAUUAUCUCCCUAAUAUAAAUUUCCAUAUCUCAUCUAUGGUUUGAUCAGAUAGACUAUUGUGUACAUGAUCAUUCAACUGGUUUGAUUCAGAUUAAUAGUUCUGCAAGAGGAUGCUGCGUUUGUACUUGUUAUUAUCGGCCCUUGUCGGCCUGAGUUUGCAAGCCUGUGAACCCAGUUCUUGUAUGUUACCAAACUGCCGAUGUUACAAUGAUCCUGCCGCACCCGGUGGCCUUGAGAAAUCUGAAAUUCCACAAAUAGUGAUGGUUUCUUUCGAGGGAGCAAUCAAUAUGGAAAAUAUCAACUACUAUAGGCCACUCUUUAAUGACGUCAACAAUCCAAACAACUGUCCUGCCAGGGGAACAUUCUUCAUCCAGGACUCUGGGACAGAUUACAAGCUUGUAAAUGCACUUCGCGCUGAAGGUCAUGAAAUAGCGAUACAAUCAGUUGAUGGUAAAACACCGGGCAGUUCGACUGAAUGGAUAGAUGCAAUUAAAAAGGUCAGGGGUGAACUUGAUGGUAUUGGAAUUGAUUUGAAAGAAGUACAAGGCGUUCGAGCACCGGAACUGGCCCUAGGAGGAAGCGAUGAAAUGAUUGGCAUAGGUACGAAUAGCAUGCUGUACGAUUCUUCCUGUUCCAACGUUGGGUACUCUGAUGCCAACACUUUCCUAUGGCCAUACACCUUCGACUACCUGCCAACUGCGACAUGUGAUAAUGGAAAAGCCCCGGACAAGCCGUUUCCAGGAAAGUGGGAGGUACCUAUCGCUGAUCUUCAUGACCUUGGAGGAGACAUGCUCCCAUGCCCGGUUCCUUCUGCAUGUCGCAAUAUUACCACAAAAAAAGAUGCCUUCGAUCUGUUUUUUAAUGCAUUUGCUGAUCAUUACAAUGGUAAAAGGACACCGUUUUUGAUGAUAGUUGAUCCCGCCUGGGCGGCUAACCAGGACAAAAGGGACGGAACAACAGAGUUCCUUCAAUACAUUAGAGCCGCCUUUGGGGAUAACGUAUGGGUUCUUCCUAUAAUACGGACUCUGGAAUGGAUUCAAACACCGGUACCUGCCGCAAAUUUGACAGACUUUUCGCCUUGGCAAUGCAAUUAAUCUGUCAGAAACGAGUUUUUUAUUUGUUAGGAUAUACCAUGUAAUAUACCAACGAAAAAACAUUGCACCAUAGUAACAUAAUUUUCACUCGAGUUUAUCUUUAUGUCUUUGUUGUUAUUAUACGUGAUAUACUAUAUUACAAAUGUUAAAUGGAUAAAAAUGUCAGUAAGAUAACAAAUGUUGAAACCAUUAAAAAUGUCGAUGCCAAAUGAAGAAUACCAUAUGUACUAUAAUGAUCUAAUAAAUAAAAUUGAUAAGCCUUUGAAAGUAAUAAAAAAUCAUGAAAGCAUGUUUGUUUAUACGUAUAUAAUGAGUUAGUUUCUUGCGAUAAACUUUUGAUGAAAAGUUUUGUAACUGCUUUACUUAAAAUUUCGUCAAGAAAUCGGACGUGUAAGUCCACUUUGUGACAUCUUCCUGCUCUGCUGUAUACAAAUAAAGUUGUUAUAGUUCUUCGAA